AUGGCAGUCAACAAUGUUCAGAUUUUCCAAUUGGGUAUCCGGGACCAAUUCAAUGGUGUAACGGAAAGGGAGCAAAGAUAUGCGCACCACAAGGCACGUGCCGCUUGGUAUGGAGCUCGUAUCAUUCUAGAACAAGUCUCUCUAGAGUCUCGCCCGAUUUUCGAUUUCAUUCUUGAGCUUCACCGGGCCUGUUCUGCGAACUGGGAUGCAAUUGUUGGUCAAGUAGGCAUGGAGAGGGACCAGCUGCGGCAAUUUCUCACCUACGCCGCGACAUUCCUUUCAAAUAGCAGCUACUACCCUGGCGACCCGGUUUCAGAAGAGGAGAUAGCCAUGGUGUCGAGGAUCCUUGAGCAGAACUCUAUUCUCCCCGAGAAUACCCGGAUUCGAAGGGUGAACAACAGUGCAAAUGACUCUGAGGUCCUUGUCGCUUCGGUCCAGCGUGACGACGACGCAAGCCGCAUCCGUACCUUUCCCACCCCAGGCCUAAAGGGUGUGAUACGACUGAUUCGAGGAGACCACUCCUCUGCGUUGGAAAACAUCUGCAACGAACUCACCCAGGCUGCGAAGUUCGCCGCCAACGACACCCAGGUCGACUUCCUCCCGAAGUAUGCAGAAAGCUUCCAGACAGGCAGUCUGAACACGUACCGGGAGUCCCAACGGAUUUGGGACCGGGACGAGGCACCGCGAGUUGACUUCUCGAGCAUCCACACUCUUGCAUACUGUUCUAGUAUCAUCUUUCCGGGGAUCAACUUGCCCAAUUACAAUGAUAUCCGUCAGGAGGAUGGCUUCAAGAAUGUCAUUAUUUCCAACAGGAUGGCGACGGAGAGCAGGGCGCUACAAUACCCUUUCAUCGACCCCUCGGAGGCAGAGACGUUUACCAAGCACAAGUUCCCCGCGUACCAUUGGUGGGUUGUGCUCCAUGAGCUGCUGGGCCAUGGUACAGGACAAACGAUGGUCGAAACCGAGGAAGGGAAGCAAAAUUUUGACAUCGACAAUCCGCCUAUCAGCCCGCUUACUGGAAAGUCGAUCACUACCUGGUAUAAGCCGGGUCAGACUUGGACUGGUCAGUUUGCUGAUCUUGCCACGACGGUUGACGAAUGCAGGGCCGAGCUCCAACUUGAUGUUGAUGGGCUCCGAGGCCUCUCGAACUUCAAUGUUAACACCGGUGCCCAUUUCGCUGUUCUCAAAUGUCUGUUGCUUGAUGGCAAUGGGGCGGUGACGGUAGUCCAUGACGGCUUGGCAAAGACCGUCAGAGUUCGAGUGGACCAAUCCAAGAUCCUCACGCAUGGCAAGGUUGCUCUUGGCAGCAUGCUCCUGAGGCUGCACAUGUAUCGCUGCACAGCCGACGCGAGUGCCUGCCGCGCAUAUUAUGAAGAGCUCUCAGCCGUGGAUGGCGAGUACCUUGAGUGGCGGGAGACGGUGUUGGCGAACAAGCCUCCGCCAUUUGUGUUUGUCCAUGCCAACACUUUCUUGGAUGGCGAGAAGGUAGUGUUGAGGGAGUAUGAGCCCACAGCUGAGGGUGUUAUCCAGAGUUGGGCAGAACGGAGUGUAUGA